AUGGUCGCCGCAGUCAGGGAUUAUAACGCGGCCAUCGAGGCUCUGAACCGGCUCCAGACCAAUUUUGCGGUUAUUGAACAAAUCAAAGCACAAGGUGAGCCCACACGAGAUGAAGACCUUGUUCCUGAGAUGAUAGAAUGGAUCAGGCGUGUGGGGUACGAGCCCAAGGAGUUUGAUAAGAUGAACGUUCUACACGUAACUGGCACAAAGGGUAAAGGCUCUACAUGUGCUUUUGUUCAGAGCAUUCUGCUGCAAAGCAGGGCAGCAGGAAGGUCGAAUUUCGGUAAAAUCGGCCUGUACACUUCGCCUCAUUUGAAAAGCGUUCGAGAGCGCAUAAUGAUCGACGGUAAACCCAUUGACGCCGACAAAUUCGCCAAGUACUUUUUCCAGGUGUACGAUCGAAUCGAAAACACCGAGUCGGACCCAAAUCGCUUCCGUCGAAUGGGACCAGGCGUCAAGCCCAACUACUUUCGCUAUCUGACACUAGUUUCCUUCCACGCCUUUAUGCAGGAAGGAGUCGAAUCUGCUAUAUAUGAGGUUGGCAUUGGCGGUGAAUACGACUCUACAAACGUCUUUGUUCAUCCGACCGCUUGUGCUGUGACUUCCUUAGGGAUUGACCAUGUGAAUGUUUUGGGAAACACCAUUGAAGAGAUUGCAUGGAACAAGGCGGGCAUUUUCAAAAAGGAUGCCAAUGUAUUUACAAUCGACGACCAGCCUGCUUCAGCUUUGAAAGUUUUAGAAGAACGUGCGGCCGAGAAGGGGGCACACCUUCAGGCUGUGCCUAUUCAUCCUGAAAUCAAGACACUCAAAUUAGGGCUGGCUGGUGAGUUCCAACGGAAAAAUGCUACCAUUGCUGCUCAUUUAGUAGCCACCAGACUGGGCAUGGACUUGCCGGAGAAACUGCCUCAAGAUUUUGUUCUCGGCCUUGAAAAGGCGGCUUGGGCCGGCCGCUGUCAGAUUUUGGAAAAAAACAAUGCCCGGUGGUACAUCGAUGGUGCCCACACAGUCGAAAGCUUAGUGGAGGCCGCCAAGUGGUUCGCAUCUGCCUACGAUCCAAAAAAGCCGGUUGUCUUGCUUUUCAAUCAACAAAAACGAGAUAAUGCAGGAGAACUGCUGGCCGGUCUUUAUGGCAGUCUCAAAUCUCUUGGCGUCACGGCAUCUACUGCGAUUUUUUCCACAAACCAAACCUGGGCGUCCGGGUUCCAAGCAGACAUGGUCUCCCACAACGUGUCGAAAGAAGCCAUUGAUAAGCUUGUUAUCCAGAAGGACCUUGCCAAAACCUGGUCAAAACUUGACCCAGAGUGUGAAACUCGAAUUUGUGCCAGCCUAGAAGAAGCUAAUAAUAUGAUCGGUCUAAUCCCAGAUAAACAAGUGUUUGUGACUGGUAGUCUUCUGAUGGUUGGUGGUUUGCUUGCUGUUAUCGAUUAA